UACCAGUUCAGCAAGAGGCAUGCGAUGGAGGAGUGCCGGCAGCAUGUCGCUCUGAAUCAGGGCUUUAAAGCCAAACUGGAGGUUCAGAGGCUUCUUUUGAAGGAGAAACUGGAAGAGCUGGGCUCCAAAGAUCCUCCCUCUGCUCUGAAGCUCGACCAAGACAACAGCUCACUUUCUCCAAACUCAAGCAGCUUCCGCAGCCCACCUCCUUCCAAACUCCUCAUGGAUGGGAUAAAAACCAAUCUAAGUGGCCUGUUUAAACCCAAGUGGGAGGUGCCUCCAGCCGCCCCCCAGCUGCAGGAGGUGGAUCGCCCUCUGGAGCAGCAGGACUGGUACCAUGGAGCGAUACCCCGCCUCGAGGUCCAGCAGCUGCUGAAGAGUGACGGAGACUUCCUGGUGAGGAAGAGUCAAGAGAAACAGGGAAAUGUGCUCUCCGUGCAAUGGGAAGGGUCCUGCAAGCAUUUCCUCAUCCAGAGCGCGGAUAAUAUGUACCGUCUGGAUGGAGAGAGCUUCCCCAGCGUCCCACUGCUGAUCCAUCAUCUGCUCUCCUCACGACAACAAGUCACCAAGAGGUCUGAUAUUGUGCUGAAGAAACCUGUGCUCAAGGACAAGUGGGUCCUGGAACAUGAUGAUGUUAUCUUGGGUCCCCUCAUCGGACGGGGUAACUUUGGAGAAGUGUACAGUGGCCGUUUACGCUCCAAUAAUACUCCUGUAGCCGUGAAAUCCUGCAAAGAGAACCUGGCCCCGGAGCACAAGAGUAAGUUCCUGAUGGAAGCCAGGAUCCUGAAGCAGUAUGACCAUCCUAACAUUGUGAAGCUGAUAGGAGUUUGCACUCAGCAGCAGCCCAUCUACAUCAUCAUGGAGCUCAUUCAAGGUGGUGACUUUCUUUCCUUAUUACGGCAUGGGAGUCACAGUCUGAAGCCGAAGAUUUUGGUCAAAAUGACAGAAAAUGUUGCAUCUGGUAUGGAGUUCCUGGAGAGCAAGAAGUGUAUUCACAGGGACCUGGCUGCAAGAAACUGUCUGGUUGCAGAGCAUAACGUGGUGAAGAUCAGCGACUUCGGGAUGUCCCGUCAGCAAGACGACGGUGUCUAUUCUGCAGAGGGCGGCCUCAAACAGAUCCCUGUCAAAUGGACGGCUCCUGAGGCACUGAACUACGGUCGUUAUACUACAGAGAGUGAUGUGUGGAGCUUUGGGGUCUUACUGUGGGAGGUCUUCUCCCUGGGAAUGACGCCCUACACGAGCAUGAGCAACCAACAAACACGAGACGAGGUGGAGAAAGGAUGUGUUUCAGGAUACCGGAUGCCUGCUCCACACAACUGCCCCGUGGAAAUCUCAAGGAUUAUGACCAGCUGCUGGCAGUACGAUCCCGGAAAUAGAUCUUCUUUCAAGAAACUUCGGGCUGAGCUCGGUGCCAUAUAUAACAAAAUUAUGUAAUACAAGCCUGUUAAUAGAACAUAUUCUGUACUUUAUUAUUAUUUUGUCUGUUUGAUUUGUUCUGUUAUUGUGCAUCUUAUUUUCCUACCCACAUUUUUUUUUCCAGUCUCAAUUUCAUAGAUAAUGCAAGGUAACAAAAUAAAAAAAAUAUUAAUAUACUUUUGUUCAAGAAAUAAACUUCUAAAUGAAGUUUUGAGGACUUGUUAAUCACCUGUGAACCAGAUGAUGGCAGCACUCUUGUUUCUUCCCUUCCUGCCUGUGGGUCUGUGUUUCAUUAUUUCUUCUUCUAAGAACAAUAGGUUGUCUUCAACCUAUCUGCAAAGAUAUGUGCUGCUAUAAACACAACAUACUGUGGUAUGUUAUUACCUUUACCGUCGAAACCAAACACCCGUGUGAUCUAUCUGAAAGGCUCCAUAAAGAUGUGUCAAACGCUGCCACUCAGAUAAGGUUUUUGCCUUGUGUGCUGUUUAUGUCAAUUUGUGUUGCCUUUAAGGUUUUCAUGAUCGAACUGCAGAUCUCCCUUUCUAGGAUCGUUUUUUGUCAGGCAGUGGGAACCAUCACUACACAAAAAUGUGCUGUACUUUUGACUACUUUUGCAAAGGAUGUUUCUUUGUAUGUGUUUGUGUUUUCUUUGUAAAUGUACUUUCAACCGAAAAUCUGACCGAACAGCAAAAGUGUGUAUCUUACAAAGUCUGACUAUUCCAAUGAGCCAACUAACAAGCUAGCAAGCAAGCACCAGCAAAAUACUGUUAAACAACUGCAACCAAAAGAAAGAGAAAAAAGAAAGAGAAAAAAAUCCAGACAUUACAAAACGACACAACAAGAAAAACAAUGACGAAUGUGCUCCAGGCACUGUAGCAGGAUUUUGACAGACGCACUCAAUUAAAUACAUUUAAAACGACAAUUACAUCACAUUACAUUACUGCUUUUGGCAAUGCAAAACCUUCAAAGUCUUUUAAUCAACCUUCAAAGACUUGCCAGGCACAAAUCAGUGUUUAGUAGCAAAGGUAUAAUAUGAUGUCCCCCCUGGUAACCUUACAAAGCAUGUCUGGUAUGUCUUAUUUUCCCAUCGUUAUGUGAAAAAAGCAAUAUAUUGUAUCAAACAUUUUAUUUGUUCAGCCCCUGACCUCUGAUAGAGAAAGUGUCACAUUAAGAUUUACCAAACGAAGAAUUCUUUACUGACAAAGACAAUGUAUGACUCGCUCAUGACAAACUAAUUUGACUCAAAUUCUUGGAAAGGCAACCUGUCCUCAGCCUUCCAGUGCGAGAAAUAUUACCAAUUCUAAAAAUGUUGACUUUACCAUCCCAGUUGACUGGUUGCUCUUUAGUCAUUGUAUCCCAGCACUGCAUUUAUAAUGAUUGCUGAAGAAACAAUUACACCUGAUGCUGUAGAUUAACAAUCUGAAACUAGACUGUAAACUUGAAAUCAUUUUCAAAUGCAGACACAAAUAUCUCUCCAUUUGUUAUUUUUUAAAACAACUGUGACAAAUGUAUAUAAUUUGACACAUGAUUAAAGUGAAUCUAUCCCCAGCAGUCCAGGGUGCGUGUUUUCAGAUAGUCUUUAAACAAACAAAGCUCUUGGUUUGAUUCCUACCCACAUAUUUCUUGCACAGAAAACACAAAGGCUGCUGAAGUCUGCUGACAUGUAUCUGUUUGUUGAAUACACUAAUGCUUUUCGUUACAAUAUCUAAUCUUUUGGGGCCUGAAUACUUUGCUGUGAAU